AUGCCAAAACGAAAGCAAUCAAAUAAUUAUUUGCCAAUGCCUUCAUCAACAUUUAUUCCUGAUUUAUGGACAAGUCACAUUUUUCUAGCACCAAAUGAAUAUUCAUCAGCUACAAUUGGUAUACACAGUUGUUUAGUACGUUUUUAUGAAAAUGAACAUUUUUCAAAAUUCUUUUGUCAUGGAAUUAAAAUGGGUGUUCAAACAAAUGAUUUUAUAUGUCAACUUGAUAAUGAUGAAAAAAAUCUAAAUGAUAAAACUCAAAUAGACAUUGAACGAUGUAUAAUGAUUGCUCGAUUACGUGAAUAUUUGCAAAAGAAUAGCGAAGUAUUUCAAAAUAUUUUAAAUAAAAUUCAAGGACAUCUUUAUGAAUAUAUGUGUGAAAAUCAAGCAAUACCUAUUCCAAAAACAGAUGUUGAACUUAUACAACAAUGUGAUCAACAAAAUCAAAGUGCUCGUACACUUGAUCAAAUCUAUCGUAUGAGACGUUUUCAAUAUCAUAACAAUGAUAAUGUUCGACAAUCAAUAAAUAUUAUUAAUCUACAAAAUUGGAUAAGAUCUCAUUGUGAAUUAUUUCCUAAUAUUAAUCCACAAUUAUCUAUUGUUCCACAAUUGAAUAUAUAUUUACAAACUUUCCUUAACAAUUCAUUUUUUAUUAUUCAACAUCCAACACCAUCAAUUGUAACACAUAGUCCAUUAAAUAAACCACUUGUUACUGCAAAAAUUUAUUGUCGACUUCUGUGUUUACUUGACAAAGAAAAUUCUGCAAUAACCAUUGAUGAUAUAACACCUUAUGUGCGUCGUAUGACAACAUCAAAUUCAAUGGAAGAACCUCCAAUAGUUUAUGAACAAUUAAAAAUGAAUUGGAAAACUUAUACAAUUGUUACUGCUUUAAACAAUCGAAAAAGUUUUUAUUGUGCUGAUUUAUCAGAAAUUAUUCUUCGACAAACAUCGACCGUAUCAGAAGAUCAAAAAUCAUCAAAAUUACAAAUACAUUUUUCACCACAUAUCUAUUUUAUGGAGUUUCACAUUAAUGUCACGAUACGUUUCAACAAUGGAUUACUACCCUAUCAACAUUGUGUUAUUGUGAAAUCAGCUCCAUUUGGACUUAUAACAAACACAUCACAAACAGCAGAUCUUUUUGCUAAAGUAUUUAUACAAGAUUUAAAAUCUUGGAAAUCACUAAUAACACAAUUACAACCAAUAGCAACGAUAUUAGAUAAUAGUACUUCUUCAACUAUGACAACAGAUUUAACAAUGGAUGAAAUUGUAAAUAGUAUUCAACGGUAUUUUAUACAUAAAACUGGUAUUUAUCCAAAAGAUUGGGUUAUGCCAUAUAUUGAGAAAAUAUUAAAAGUUGCUUGUUAUAAUCAAGGCAGUUUAAUAGAAACUCGUGGUCAUGAUCUUCUAGUUAAAAUACUUGCUCAAAUUGAUUUUAUGGCUGAACAUCCUGUUUUGAGUCUAUUUCAUGAUGAUGGAUUAUUCUUAAGUAUAUGUGAUAGUGAUGAAGUAAAUCAAUUUUUACUUAAAGAACGUGAACAUCAUAAAGCUUCUAUUUGUGCAAUUCGAUUUGGUGCUUUGAGUCGCCUGACAAAUGUGAAAGAUAUUGGCGUACGUGUUGAUCUGUUGGAAGGUUCAUCUACUAAUAUACAACAUCUUACAUUUGACUCACUUAAAUUACCAUUUGCAUUAGGUGUAUUUAUAAUUAAAAUAAUAUUAAAUGAAGCAUUACAAUAUAGUACUCUCUUAACUAUUCUUAAUAAAAAUGUUCAAAAUGUCUUAGCAGAUACUAGCAAAAUUCUCGAACAUUAUGAUAUUUCUUCUGAUUCGUACGAUUUUGGUUUAUCUACAAUAGAACAAACGCCUAUAUCUUAUGUCCAAUCAACUUCUUCACUGCAGCCAUAUUACCCACGAUCUCAAAUGACUUCUGCUUCUGUAGAGUCAUCCUAUGAAUAUUAUUCGAAUGUACCGCAAUAUGUUGCAGCGCCUCAAACUAAUUACAUAUCCACUUAUCAACCGCCUAUAGUUAUUGUUGUUACAAAUUCCAAUCAUUCUAUAAUGUCGGAUCAAGAUGUUGUACAAUUGAUUUCGAAUAAAUUACCAGAAUGUGGUCAAUUAAUUCAAUCGUCUUCUAUUCAUCGUAUCAAUGUAGAUCAAACAUUCAAUGCACCAACACCAAUAUCGAAAACAAUUUCAUCUAAUUCACAGUCACUUUCGCCACUUUUUGACGAUAUACUAAACUUUGAGAAUGACUGUGAUUACAAUAAGUAG